AUCUGCUUACAUUUAUUCAUUACUUUUCAGAUAAUAUCAUAAUUUAACUAUGGUAUUCAAAAGAGUAUGGGACUCUACCUGUCCUCUCUUGUGGGAUAAAUGGGAAGCCGACGGAAUCGUAUGGACUAUUGAAGACCUUCCACCAGAAGAUGACGAACGUGCUGUUCAGCUCUUGAUAGAACAAUUUUGCCCGGAUGAGAGAUUGAUCUCUACCCUCGGAAUUCACGAAGAUCCAGAUGCUUUACAGAAGAUAAGUGAUUUUUGGCGAGAUAGUUUAUCGCAACGCAUGAGCCUGGCUUGCUACAAAACGCUUGAUAACAACAGGUCGUUGGCGGCGUUUAAUGUUUGCGUUGUCAAAUGCGUCGACGAUGAAGACAAAAAAACUGGAAAUAUAGAAAAUGGCAAGUUUGGUGACCUCCUUAAAACAAUAACAUACCUAGAUAGAAAAUAUGACGCUUUUAAAGAUUUGGGAGUCGACAAGUUCUUGAAUGGCCUCGGCUUGCUCGUAACAAGGGAAAACAGAGGGCACAAACUGGGCGCCAAGGUACUGGCUGCAAGAUUACCAAUGUGCCAAAAACUUGGAUUAACAGCCACGUCAACUAUGUUUACUGGCAUCGCAUCGCAGAAGUUGGCAGCACAGUGUGGCUUUAGAACAGACUUACAAGUGACCCUCGGCGAAUUCGCACAAAAUGGCUUGCCGUAUCCCAAAGGCGACGAGAGGACUAUUAAAAUUAUGUCUAAAAAAUAUUUCUAAAAUUUUAUCAACAGUAUUGCUAUUGUCGUCAAGCUCAC